AUGGCCAACGCCACUCGAGGCGAGGAUUACUCCACUCAGCGUCUGAGGCAGCGCUACUAUUUCCACGAUUCCAACAUGGAUCUCUUCUUAGUCGGUGCUCUUGGAUGGGGCCCGGCAGGCGGGCUAUCCAUCGGAGAGGCGUACCAUGUAGCCUCACAAAUCACCGAUGGUGACGCCGACUCCUGGUCACAAGCAUUUGAGAACCAGGGCAUAGCACAGAGCAGGCAAGCCGACGAGUGGCUGAGACGCGGCGCAGUUCGGUCAGCGGGUGAGAUGCGCCUAAAGGCAUUUGUUUGCUACCGAAUGGCUUGGCAAUUUGUUGCCCCAGGCGAGCGUUUUAUAGCAUUGUAUUGCGCUCACGAGAAGCUUUUUGAUCAAGCCAUGACGGAACUGGGCUUGCCAGUCACUCGUUUUGCCGUCAAUUAUGGAGGUGGGAAUCUACCUGGUCAUUUCUUCCAAGCCGCCGAUCCCACUACGCCAACAGUGCUUGUGAUAGGAGGAGCAGACACCUGUCACGAAGACCGGUUCUUGUCGCAGGGACGCUACCUCUUGGAACGAGGCUAUUCAGUUGCCUUGGUUGAUCUACCGGGACAGGGAAGGGUUCAAGAGCAAGGGCUUCACUGGGAGCCUGCGGCCGAGAAGCCGAUAGCCGCCGUGAUCGAUGAGUUGAUCAAUUCUUUUGGAGUAGAACCACGCAAACUGGCUCUUCUUGGUAUGAGUCUCGGGGGUUAUUUUGCUUGUCGUGCAGCGGCCCAUGAACCCCGACUCGUAGCGGUUAUUGCCACCACACCACUUACAUGCCCGCUUGAGCUAUUUUUAAGCGUAGGAAAGAGAGCCGCUGAAGCUACCAUAUCGCAAGCAGAGGAGAAGAAUAUGGAGGUAAUCAUGUGGAAAGCAGGUGUAUCCGGAUUGUCAGAGCUUACUCAGCGAUGGGAGGGUAUGGUCGCGGAACCCGGGAAAGUCCAGGUACCAUUUCUAUCGAUACUCGGAGAGCAAGAAGGGCAAGUAUGGAAGGAGCAAGCAUGGGCAUGGCAUGAGACAAUUCCUUCCAGCAAGAAGAGCUUCGUGACUCUGGAUGCGCAAUCGGGUGCCGAUAUUCAUUGUCAAGGAAGCAACCCCCUUCGGUUGACCCAGGAGAUAGACGCUUGGCUGCGAGAGGUGUUGUGA